ACUAGUUUUCUUAACUCUACAAAAUAAAGACACAUAAAAAAUGUCUUUGGAACUGGUGCCCUGUGCUGAACCGGAGAAGAUCUACCUAAUUACCUAUGAGAUGAGCGUGCCUGAAGAUUCCGACGAGGCCCUGCUCUCAGUUGUGGCACACAAAGCCACCGAAUUGAAGGUGUGUGGCUACAUCGCGUAUACGCACUGUGGCCUCAAGGUGGGCGGCGAACUGGAGGGCGGUGAGGCCGGGCUACAACUGAUGAUCGAGUGGCUCCUGGCCAAGAGCCAAGGCAAUGAACUGGGGGACGGGGACAAGAUCAAAAGCCAGAUGACGGAGCCACGAUUCUCAGAGUGGAAGCUGCAAUCAGGGGCCAAAUACGGUGAUUUUUUCUGCUGUUGAGUGCUGCCAAGAGGAGUUGAGGAGUUGAUUAAAAAUCGCAAAUUACAUUGGCCCCA